CGGGCGGGGCACCGCGGGCGGCGUACUGGGCAUGCUCGGCUGGGCGGGGAGGGCUGGGCUGCGCGCGGCGAGUAGGAAGCCCUCGCCCAGCGGAGGCUGCGGGAGAGAGAAGAGAGAGAGAGAGAGAGAGUGAUGGGUCGCGGAGCUGGACGCACGUUCCGCGGGGACUCAUGCCACGCGUGUCUCAGCCGGACGCGCAAUUAGCAGCCGCCUCUGCAACCAGCCGCCACCGCCUCCCGACCCUCCCAGGCUGCGGUGGCGAAGAGCUCCAGCCGUUGUCUUGCUCCGGCUGCGCGCAUUGUCCUCAGGGUCCUCCGACAGGGCUGCUGCGGGGCCCGGGACCCGCGCCCUAGGGACGCGCCCCCGCUGCCGGUCGGCCCGGCGCGGGGCUCUGCUAGUCUGUUGGCGAGCCCGUGCUACCGGGCUAGUCUCGCCGGGGUUUUUCCUGCGGAGUUGAGGAAGGGGAGAAGUCCACCCGUCCGCCCAGCCCAGUCUUCCCCGGCGCGCAGCCCCGACGGGGCCGCGGCAGGCGCGACGAGGGCGCCGACGGAGCCAUGAGAGAGUACAAAGUGGUGGUACUGGGCUCGGGCGGCGUGGGCAAGUCCGCGCUCACCGUGCAGUUCGUAACAGGUUCCUUCAUCGAGAAGUACGACCCGACCAUCGAGGACUUUUACCGCAAGGAGAUCGAGGUGGACUCGUCGCCGUCGGUGCUGGAGAUCCUGGACACAGCGGGCACCGAGCAGUUCGCCUCUAUGAGGGACCUGUACAUCAAGAAUGGCCAGGGCUUCAUUCUCGUCUACAGCCUGGUCAACCAGCAGAGCUUCCAGGACAUCAAGCCCAUGCGGGACCAGAUCAUCCGCGUGAAGCGGUACGAGCGCGUACCCAUGAUCCUGGUAGGCAACAAGGUGGACUUGGAGGGCGAACGUGAGGUCUCCUAUGGCGAGGGUAAGGCCCUGGCCGAGGAGUGGAGCUGCCCCUUCAUGGAGACAUCGGCCAAAAACAAAGCCUCAGUGGAUGAGCUAUUCGCAGAGAUCGUGAGGCAGAUGAACUACGCGGCACAGCCCAACGGCGACGAGGGCUGCUGCUCGGCCUGCGUGAUCCUGUGAGGCGCCGUCUGCCGCCGGGCGCUGGCCACGCUCUGUGCACAAAGCCAAACGCACCCGAUUCUCUCAAUGUGAUUGUCUUCUUGCUUUGAGAUUGGAGACGACUUUGUUGUAAUGGCUGGGAUGUCCGAGGAACCUGGCUGACUUGUGUGGCCAGCAUCCCCAGCCUUCAGCCGGGGUCUGAGAGGGUGUCCGUUGCAGAGCAUCUAAGACCCUGGUGGAAAAAUGGCUCUAUUCAGCGUGUACGUUCCUCGUUGAUUUUGGUUCAUGCAUAUUUCCCCGUUUAAGUAGCCAUUAAGGCUAUGUAUUGGCUGCUUGACACCGGCAAGCAAAAGUUUCAAACCUGAAAAA